CAGGUCAUACAUCUAAUUUUAAAUAGAUAAUAAUUUAUAAAUAGUGUUUACUACUUGUUAACAAUGUGAAAUCGGAUCAACAAUAAAUGCCCUUUUUUGUAAAAUAUAAAAGAUGGCAAAUAACGUAGAAGAUUGUUCCAUAAAUACUGAAGAAGAGGCGAACUAUUCACCAAAUAAAAAUGAAAAUCAACGAGAAUUUACAGUUGUUUACAAACCUUUAAGUUCCUAUGAGCAUGUUUUAAAUGAGAAGACGGUUAGAAAUGAUUUAGCUGCAAUGUCAGUAUUAAGUUUAUACCAAAGUGCUAAAGAUCUCGAAACAAUGGAUAUAGCUAUUCAUUCUGAAAGCGAAAAUGAAGACCAAAGUAUACCCUUAUCUGAAAUUAAACUUGAUGAUGAAAAUCAUCUAUCACCAAAGAGUUCCACACCAAAUUCGGCUAAAAACCCAACUGACUGUCCAUGUAAAUUGUAUCCUAAUUCAAUUAAAUUAGUAAGCUGUCCGAUGCCGUCAUUAUAUUUUGAAGAUGGCAAAAGAUCUGUGGAUUUUAUUUUAGUAUGGGAUAGUUUUAUUGACGUAGCAAUUACAGAAAUAGCAACAGAAAGGCGUGCAGUUUUUGAAAAAAAUUUAAUGGCAGAGGGAUUAGAAUUAGAAUAUGAACCAGUAAAUGAAACUGGUUUAAAUUUUAUUAAAAUUCAUGUACCUCAUGAAGUUUUACGACGUUAUAGUGAAAUUCUAAAAUUACGUAUGCCUAUGAAAGAGGAACUAUGUUCAUUUGAAAAAGGUGGUAAGCUUAAUAAAUUACUACACGCAACGCAAUUUAUUUCGCAAAAGAUACCCGGUUUAGAAAAAAUGCAUAAUAAAACAAAUACAUUCUUUGAUGAAAUGAAUUCAUACUGGGACGCAUUCUGGUCAAAAAUUUACGUUGAUAAAAGAGUGUUUCCAGAACGAAGUCAUCGUUUCACAGCCGUUUAUAGUCGUGAUCGUGAAUACUUAUUUGAUUUAGAUUCGCCAUGUUUCUUUACACCAGCCAUACAUUCACGUAUAGCACAAUUUAUUUUGGAUCGUAAACGAUUUAGUGAUAACGAAAAUGAUGAUUUUGCAUUUGGAAUUGAACGAUUGAUUAAUGAUUAUACGUAUAGUGCAGCAUAUCCAUUACACGAUGGUGAUUUACGAACAGCAGGUUCAAUGCGUCACUUGUUGUAUCAUGAAUGGGCAGCACUGAGAAAAUGGUAUCGUUAUCAACCAUUAGAUUACAUAAAAGAAUAUUUCGGAGUAAAAAUUGCAUUGUAUUUUGCAUGGUUGGGAUUUUAUACACACAUGCUGUUACCUGCAUCCAUUGUAGGGGUGGCUUGUUUUAUUUAUUCAUGGUUGACACUUGAUUCGAAUAGACUUUGCCAAGAUAUUUGUAAAGAAGAUUUAAAUAUUAAGAUGUGUCCAAUAUGCGAUCAUUGGUGUGAUUAUUUCGAUAUUAAAGCUACCUGCCUGCAUUCAAAAAUUACGUAUUUGUUUGAUAAUCCAACAACAGUAUUUUUUGCAAUUUUUAUGUCAUUUUGGGCAACAUGUUUUUUGGAAUUAUGGAAACGUUAUUCAGCGGAAAUAACACAUCGUUGGGAUUUAACGGGUUUUGAUGUAAAAGAAGAGCAUCCUCGUCCACAAUAUUUAGCACGAUUAGCACAUGUAAAACGUCGUCGUAUAAAUAUCAUAACCAAUACAAUGGAACCAUUGGUACCAUUUUGGCGUGUUAAAGUACCUGCUACAAUUUUAAGUUUUUCCGUUGUACUUUUAUUGGUAGCAUUAGCUGUUGCGGCUGUGAUUGCUGUUGUUUUAUAUAGGAUGUCUGUUUUAACGGCAUUGAGUUGGUAUGGCGGCAAAGAUUCUGUGAUUACAAGUAAUGCGAUUUUAUUUACAACGGCUACUGCUGCAAGCAUUAAUUUAUGCUGUAUUAUGGUUUUUAAUUGGAUUUAUACGUACGUUGCUCAAUAUUUAACAGAAGUGGAACUUUUACGCACACAAACUGAAUUUGAUGAUUCAUUAACGUUAAAAAUAUAUUUAUUGCAAUUUGUUAAUUACUAUGCUUCGAUAUUUUAUAUUGCAUUUAUAAAAGGGAAGUAUGUUGGAUAUCCUGGAAAUUAUAUUCGUUUAUUUGGAUAUAGGCAAGAAGAGUGUGGACCCGGAGGAUGUUUAUUAGAAUUGUGUAUUCAACUAGCAAUUAUAAUGAUUGGAAAACAAGCAAUGAAUACAAUACUCGAAAUGAUUUUACCAAUAUUUUAUAAAUGGUUUUAUACACUUAAAACGAAAACUGGAAUACAUCGAGAACAAUUAUCACUAAAAAAUCCCGUACAGUGGUAUAAAGAUUUCAAAUUACUUGAUUGGGGUGCACGUGGUUUAUUUCCCGAAUAUUUAGAAAUGGUUUUACAGUAUGGAUUUGUGACAAUUUUUGUGGCAGCAUUUCCAUUAGCCCCAUUUUUUGCUCUGUUAAAUAAUAUUUUGGAAAUGCGUUUAGAUGCAAAAAAAUUAUUAACCUUUUAUCGUCGACCAGUGACGCAACGUGUUCGAGAUAUUGGUGUUUGGUAUCGAAUACUUGAUUCGAUUGGGAAAUUAUCCGUCAUUACUAAUGGUUUCAUUAUUGCUUUUACAUCAGACUUUAUCCCACGUCUAGUGUACAGAUUUGUUGAGAGCCCAGAUGGCUCAUUAAAUGGUUACUUAAACAGUUCAUUAUCGUAUUUUAAUACAAGUGAUUUUCAAGUUGGUUCUGCACCUCGAAAUACACAGUUUGGUAACCUAACUAUUUGCAGGUAUCCUGAUUAUCGAGAACCUCCAUGGUCUCCCAACAGAUAUGAUAAAACUAUUAUAGCGUGGAUUAUUUUAGCUGCUAAAUUGGGUUUUGUUGUGAUAUUUGAGAAUGUCGUAGCUGUUGUAAUGAUUGUUGUAAGAUGGGGUAUUCCAGAUAUGUCUACAGAAUUGAAGGAGAGAAUACGAAGAGAAACAUUUAUUACAAAUGAAAUUAUUAUCAAACAAGAAACAUUAAGAGCUCAAUCAGGAGAAUAUAAAAAGGAUGAAAUUGGCAAACAAGAAGAUCGAAGAAUCGAAAUCCCCACAACUCCCGAACAAUGGGAUCAUUUAAUCAAUAAAUCAUUAUCGGGAUCAGAUUUUGAUCUGUUUGUUCAUGGAGAUGCCAAAGAUUUAAAUGAUCGCAAUACUGUGUAAAUUAUUUUUUGGCCAAUUUACUUCCUCGAAGUUGAAAUGAAUUUGUGCAUUUUAAGGUUAAUGAUAUGCAGAAUCGAUAAAUUAUCGCUUCCAAGAUUUGUUCAAAGAUUUUUUUGAAUUAUGUCUACAUAAAGAUAUAAGAAAUAGAGGUUGUAAAGCAUAAACUCUGACUUAAUAAACGCUGGAAUUACGAAAAAUAAUAUAUGAAAUACUGUCUUUGCUACGUUCUCAUUUUUUAUUAAAAUAACCGCCGGGGUCGAGCCAAGAGCCGGAAGAAAAGAUAUAUAGAUAACAGGCCCGUACGCAGGAAUCAUCCAAGAGGGAAGGGGGGUCAAAAUUUUGUUCAUCAUGUUAGGUUUUAAAGUAAUUAAAACAGAAAAACUUUUUUCGAGUAAGAGAACAUUUUAUUAUGUCAAAAUUCGAUAUUCAGUCACUAUUUUUUCUCCUGCAAGGUACAGAAAAAAUAUUUUUCAAAACUUUAUGAAAAGAAACUACGCAAAAAUGAAAAAAGAGCGUUCAUUCGUUGCUAUUGACACAGACAAAACUGCCAGAACGCGAAGCAUUUGCAUUUCCUUGCAAAUAUCGAGUGCUUCAAGUGAAUUUUUAUUCUGCCCGACAAUAGUCGGGCGGGAGAUGACCCGAAACCUCCACUCCCCGCGGUCGGACCUGAUAGAUGGCCAUUUACUAGUUAUAGUACACUGCAUUUAAAGAAGCCAACUUUCAAACUGAACAAUAUUGUCCAAAUAUUCAAAAAUUAUUUAAAAACAAGGCUUCAUGGUUGUGAAUUAUGGUUGUGCAUUUGAUAUAUAUCUUAUGCCGGCAUAAUUUCCGGCCCGGAAUAUUAUUUAUUAUAUUUUUACUUAUUCGAUUUUUUCGUGCCCUUGAAAUUCGUAUAUUUUGUCGGCUCUAUUAUAUCUUUAUGAGUUUGUUGUUUGUUAUUUAAUAUUUUAAAUUUUAU